UUGAGGUUGGUUAAACAAGUAACGGAGCAGGGGCCGGUUGCCAGAAAGUUGUUUUGUCGAAACCCGUUAAGAUGUUACGAAAGUGUUGUGAUUGUAAAAGAUGAUUCUCUGGGUGUAGUGUUUGAGAAGAAGAACAGUUGUUGACUCGGAGACUAAACUUAAUUUGGCUGUGCGUCAUGAUUUACAAUCACAGGCCGCCGCCAAGUGACAGAGGAAAAGUUGUGGACCGUUACUGUCGAUGAAACUAACCGGAGUUGAAUGGGAACUGAGAAACACUUUAAAUGAGGAGAUGAAUUUCGGUGUCCCUGCUAAUUCGCUGCUGCUCUUCCGUGCCUGCGACGAGGGGGACUAUGAAACCGCUCGAGGGAUCCUGGAGCCCGGAGCCCCGAAAGAGUCCGGGCGGCAGAGCAGGCUGCGGUCAGAAGCGGGAUCGGAGUGCAAUAUUGCGGACAUAUUGUCUCUGGUACCGGUGGACUCUACGGACGAGGAGGGGAACACCGCCCUACAGUUUGCGUCGGCAAGCGGUCAUGAGAACCUGGUCCGGUUUUUGUUACGAAAGGGGGCUUCGGUGGAUAGCCGCAACAACUACGGCUGGACCCCGCUGAUGCAGGCUGCUAGGUUUGGUCACCUGACUGUUGCUCACAUCCUUUUGGAGAACGGGGCAGAGAUUAAUGGACGGAACAGGCUAAGUGCGAGUGUUCUGACUAUGGCGGCCCGUGGGGGACACACUCAUGUAGUCAAGCUACUCCUGGAGAGCGGGGCCUACGCUGAUGACUAUGAUCACCUGGCUGUUGCUGCAGAGGCGGUAUCAAACGGCAAUAACAACAAUAGCUGCAGCGGGGCUGGUUUUGGAGCAAGUGAAGGCUGUCCAGGAGACGGCAGAGAAUUCAUGGACAUCAUAGCCCUGAUGGUGGCAUCUCAGCAUGGCCACGAGGCCACGGUGCGCCUGCUGCUUGAAUGGGGCUCUGAUGUCAACUUUUCCCAGAAGACCACUGGCUGGGGACCACUGAUGGUGGCCACCCUCAGUGGGAAGGUGGCCGUGGCUCAGCAGCUGGUGGAGCGUGGAGCGGACCCAGACAGGGUCAAUGUUCUGUCCAAGACGGCCUUUGAACUAGCCAUGCAGCUUAAACAGAGAGACAUCAAGGCCUAUCUGGACUCCAUCACCACUGUGCGACCCCAGACAGACGAUGAGAGAAGAAGACCAGAUGUGUUCAGUGCUCUCAAGUUGGGAAAUUCCCAGCUAGUCAAGGAAAUCUUGGAGGAGGAUCCUACUCAGGUGAAUUCAUCCAACCAGGAGGGAGCGUCUCCUCUCAUGAUAGCGGCAGUGAGCGGUCAGCUAGAAGUGGUGCAGCUGAUGGUGGACAAGAAUGCCGACAUAGACAAACAAGAUGGAGUCCAUGGGUGGACUGCUUUAAUGCAGGCCACCUAUCAUGGUAACAAAGACAUUGUCAAGUACCUGUUGAGUCAAGGCGCUGAUGUCAACCUUCGAGCCAAGAAUGGAUACACAGCCUUUGAUUUGGUUAUGCUGCUGAACGACCCAGACACGGAGUUGGUGCGUCUGUUAGCGUCGGUGUGUAUGCAAGUAGACAAGGACAAGUCCAAACACCGUGGCAGAGCCUUAAUGACUCGCUCCAAAAGCCGACAGUCCCUCAACAACGUCCCUGUGCCGCCUGACGACAAGGGAGGCCUGAAGUCCUGGUGGAGCCGGAUGUCCAAUCGGUUCCGACGGCUUAAGUUGACUCACACCCUGAGGCACAGCCUUUCAUCCAAUCGCCUGGCUCCAUUUCCAGACGAUACUGAAACUUCAUUGGAUGCCACAAUGAAGGCGGAUAGGAAGUCCGCUGCCGUGGCUAAUGGGGCGCUGGCACCAACUCCUGCCCUGGGGGGGAAUGAUAUCAGCACUGCCUGGGCAGUCAAGAGCAAAGAUACCGGUCUUUGCAGGACAUCCUCAGAAAAGGAGGACUUCCUUAUAACCACAAUGCUCAGAAGUGGUGCGCCCCUGACCCGGCUGCCUAAUGACAAGCUGAAAGCGGUGAUCCCUCCCUUCUUGCCUCCGUCCAACUUUGAACCGUGGAACUCGGACCGUUCGCGUCUCCUAAGGGAGGGAAAGAGCGAAGCGCCCCGAUUGCCCAUGCCUCCCCAAAGGAAGCUGAACAGCAGUGGAAACUCAGAUAUUACGUCUAUAAGUCGUGUGGUGAGCAGGUCCAUUAAGUUUCCCAGCAUCCCCAAGGGGCCUUCCUCAUCCUCUCCUUCAAACUCUGGUCACUACCACUCCCCCCACUCCUCAGGAGGCUCCAAUGGAGUGGCCGGGAUCAACAGGGACUCUCACAACCGUUCAGGGGGCAGUGCAGACAGCGUUCUCUCCCAGAUAGCAGCCCAAAGGAAGCGAGCAGCAGGCCUGAUAGAUGUGAAGGCACAAGCUCCAGAGAAACAGCACAGCCAGACACAGAUCCAACCAAACCUGCCACCCUCAGCACCCGGCCUGCCGCUGCCUGAUAUUAACCUACCUGACAUCCACUCCCACCAAAGCCUGGUCACUUCCGACAUCCACUCGAGAAGGAAGAUGGAGUUAAAGAAGAGACCUCAGUCAGGGAAUUCCUCCACAUCCAAGAGCACUUCGCCCACUCUGACUCCGUCUCCUUCCCCAACGCCCAAGCCUCCCACUGGGCCGGGAGACUCCCUGUCCUCAGCCUCUUCACAUCCUCGCUCCAAGAGCAGUGGUGGCUCCAGCAGUGGAACCAUAACUGAUGAAGAUGAGCUGUCUGGUAUAUUGAAGAAACUGUCCCUCGAGAAAUACCAGCCCAUAUUUGAGGAACAGGAGGUGGACAUGGAGGCCUUCCUAACUCUAACAGAUGGAGACCUGAGGGAGUUGGGCAUUAAAACGGACGGACCCAGACAACAGAUCUUGGCUGCCAUAUCAGAGCUCAAUGCUGGAAAGGGCCGAGAGAGGCAGAUCCUUCAAGAGACCAUCCAUAACUUCCAGUCUUCCUUUGGUAGCAGCGCCAGUAACCCAAGACAACCAGGUGAAGCACGCUCACCAACAGGUUGGAUGAGACACCAGGUUCGUUCCUCCAACAAAAGGUAACCCAGCAGCCCUGAUGCUCACCAGGAAGUACAGCAAAGGUACUUAAAAUAAGAGUAAAAUGCCGGCAACUUCUAGCCAAGGCACGACUAAUAUGGAGUGUUUUGGACGCCGGUGUCCCAGACCACUAGCGGUCUUAAUGCAAGAGGAUGCUGCAGCAAAACGACCAACUAGAUCCUGAUAAGCUGCCUCCAGGACCGAACUGCAUUAUAUUAUUCCUCAUGUGUAUCCUAAAGCGGGGGAGGUGUGACAGGGCUGGCUGAGUCCAGAGCCCUGCUGCUAUUUGUCAAAGCAGGAUGUUUGGCAAAUGAUAUGUUUUGCCUUAGUGACACAGCUGCCUCAUCUACUGCAAAUGCAGCGCAAGGGUUACGCAGAGGGGUUAGAGAGCGGAGGGUUCUGAAACAUGAGAAGAUCAAAUACACGGGAGAGGGAGAGGGAGAGGGAGCAUGAGCCGAGAGAGAGAUUGAUAUUUUAUCCAAAUAAAUGUGAGAGAUACAGCAUAUGUAUUGUAAAGAUGCCAAGGUAAAUCAGGAGAAAAGAAGAGCGAGAUUAUGAGUAUAAUAAUUAAAUACAAUAAAACAGGUAUUAGUAAUACUGUGAUUAAGACACGGAUGAGGAAAGAAUAUAGAGGGAGAAAGAAAGGGACAUUAGCCAAACUAUAGUUUAGUCAUCCAGUCUCUUCGACAGCUUUUACUAGUGUGUUUAUGUCUUUUCAUGUCUUUAUGGACCACUAUGAUGACGAGAGGAUUUUUACUCAAGACUGUCCAGUCGUGAAUAAAUAAACCAUUAUGAAGAUGCUAUAACUAUGUUUUCUAUGUUUUUUUUAAUACUGUUUUUAAGAUCGUAUUUGACUUGAGAUGAAAAGACAUAAAUUUAGUUUGAAAGAGGGGCAUUGAGCAAUAGUUUCCACAGAGCCGACUCUUAUGCUUUUACGUCUGGCUCCAUCAUUAUGGAGCACUAUAUCAUUCCUAAAUAUUAGGUACUUAUAAUCCAUGUCUUAAAUCCAAGGGAUGGUUUAUGUUCACAUGGGUCAGUUAAAUAUAAAAUAACACUGAUAUCAUAUCCUGUUUGUCGUGUUCUGUGUCUGGUGAAUAAGCAGUAAACUGUUCGCUUUCAAAAAGGAACCGGAAUAAAAUCUGCAUCCAAAAUGAAAUGCUGCAAAACAAAAUAAACAAAAUACAAACUCUGUCCGUUGGUUCUCGGGUUUAGUGGCUGGAAACCAGGUUUCAGCUUCCUUGUGUAAACUUUGAUCAGAAUAGGAUGUGAAACCAUCUUCCUUCCACUAGAUGGCAGUGACCUUCUAUUGAUGCAAUAAAUAAUCCGAGUGGUACUGUCGAGCUUUAAUGUGCUGUUCUGUGACAUAUAUUUUUAGAUCUCUAGUUAAAGCUAGACCAUGUAACCUUUGAACUUUGGAAUGAAGAAAUGUUAUGUUCUCUUACAAGUAUAAUAUUUGAAUUCAUUAGUAAUAAAAAUGCAAACUCACUCAUUUGAGCACACUUGUGGGUUUUGCUUUUACAGCCUUACAGUCUGGUAUAAGCAGUAGUCUAUAGUGGCUAAUGCAAACUUUAGAUGUAUUUCACUAUGUAACUAACACAACUUGGUGACGCUUUUCUACUUGUGCGACUGUCACACUAUGUUUUAACAUUUACCAUUAUGCUGUAAUUUCCACUUGUAGGUUCUGUUUAUGCCAAAAGUAGCUGCUAUAGAGGUGUAAAGUCCUUGUCUUGGACCUUUAAAAAAGUUUUCUAUGACUGAAACUUAAAGAUACAUGUUUAAGACACAUAUAACGACUGCUGUGAAUAAUAAUGUGUCUCUGAUAUGGUUCUAUUAUUACUCAAAAUUGAAAUAAAUUGUUGAAACUAC